AGCUCUUGUUGACGCUCGGAGUGGGAAGGGCAGAUUGUUGCAGCUGUAGAGUUGAUAUCACUGAGAGCACAUCCACCUUGUGGAUUAAAUAAUAUCAUAAAUACUAAGAGUAGCGAGUAUCUGCUGCUGCUGGAGUGUGGAUGGGGGGAAACAGCCCGAGUCACCUCCCAGGAGAGGAGGGUGGAGGAGUCACUUUUGUGAAGGGCAUUCGGCUGUCAGACAAAGUGAUCCAUCGGAUGAAGGAGUCUAAGGUCGUCGCUCCUCCACCUUCACAGAAACCACGUCCUCCUCCACCUGAAACACAAACACCACCUCCCGUUGCCCCCCCCUCUGUCAAACACGUACUCCCUCUCCUGACACCGCCACUUCCGUUCACCCCACCCCAAACUCUUGAAGCCCCAUCCCUUCCUCCAUCAGUGGAACUGGCUCCUCCUGUAAAACUCGUACUUCCACCUCCUGUGAAGUUUCACUCCCUGCCAGAAGCUCCACCUCUAACUGACCCUGUUCUCUCCUCUCCACCUCCGCCUACUACACCUCCACAAGUAGAGGCACCUGUGGAGUGUCCUCCUCCACCCGCUGUAGUGGAGCCAGUAGUCCCAACUCCAUUUGAAUCCUUCAUCCGACCUCAUGUAGAGCCAGAAACCCUGUCUCCACCUCCAGUAGCAGAACCUGUUGCCAUACCUCCACCUGUGGACUUGGCUCUUGCUCCACCUGAACCUUUAGCUUCCCCUCCGCCCUCUGAAACACCUGCUGCUGUAGCUCUGUCUGUUGAACCUCUUCAUUCUGCUUUACUGUCUGCUCCACCAGAGGAAACAGUUCAGGCUCCACCCACUGUUGAAUUAACCCCAAUAACACCACCCUGUCCUGUUGAGGCUGCAGUCCCUCCUGCUGCAGCUUUUGAUUUAACGCCUGCAUGUGAAACGCUUCCACCUCCAUCACCUCAAGAGCUGCUGGAAGCACCCACUCCUCUUUUUGAGUCAGUGGCAGCUCCAUCUUCUCCACCAGAGUAUGUGGCAGCACCAUCUACUCUUUUAGAGUCCAUUGCACCACCCUGUUCUCCACCAGAGCCAAUGACAGCACCAUCUACUCUUUUAGAGUCGCUAGCAGCUCCCUGUCCUCCACUAGAGCUUGUGGCAACACCAUCUCCUGCCCCGGAGCCGGUGGCACCACCCACUCCUCUUUUAGAGCCGGUGGCACCACCCACUCCUCUUUUAGAGCCGGUGGCACCACCCACUCCUCUUUUAGAGCCGGUGGCAGCACCAUCUACUCUCUUGGAGCUUUUGGCACCACCCACUCCUCUUUUAGAGCCGGUGGCAGCACCAUCUACUCCCUUGGAGCUUUUGGCACCACCCACUCCUCUUUUAGAGCCGGUGGCAGCACCAUCUACUCCCUUGGAGCUUUUGGCACCACCCGCUUUACCCUUAGAGUCUGUGGCAGCACCCUGUCUUUCACUAGAGCUUGUGGCACCACCAUCUCCUGCCCCGGAGCCGGUGGCCCCACCCACCCCUAUUUUAGAGCUGGUAACAGCACCACCUACUCCCACUGAGACGGUGGCACUGUCUGCCCCUCUUGUAGAGUCUGUUGCACCACCCGCUCCUCUCCCAGAGCCAGUGACAGCACCAGCGCCUUCCUUAGAUUUGGUGGCAGCACCAGCUCCUCUUUUGGAAUCUGAGGCGGCACCUUCUCCUCCCCCAGAGAUUGUGAAAGCACCUUCUCCUCCCCCAGAGAUUGUGGAAGCACCUUCUCCUCCCCCAGAGAUUGUGGAAGCACCCUCUACUACUCCAGAGGAGGUGGAAGCACCCUCUCCUCUUUUAGAGUGUGUUGCACCACCCACUCCUCUACCAGAGCCAGUGGCAGCCCCUCUAGAGCUUGUCGCAGCGCCGUCUUCUCCCCUGGAGCCAGAAGCACCACCCUCUCCUCUUUCAGAGAUUGUGGCAGCACCCUGUCCACCUUUAGAGUCGGUGAUAACACAAUCUCCUCCCUUAGAGUUGGUAGCAGCACCAUCUCCUCCACAAGAGCUUGUGGCACCACCCUCUCCUCCACUGGAGCCGGAGGCUGCACCUUCUCCUCUUUUAGAGUUGGUUGCUGCACCCUCUUCUCCCCCCGAGACCCUGGCGGCACCUUCGCCUCCCCCAGAGCUCACUUUUGAAGAGCCCUCCCCUCCCUGUCACUGUGUGGAGUUGGCUCUUAUACCCUCUGAUGCACCUGUAAGCCAUUCCUUCGUCGAGUCUCUGGCACCACCUCCACCUCCACCUGCUCCUGCUCCACCUACUGAGGAGCCCACCCUGACGCUGUUUCUGCCCCCUGCCGUUGAGGCUGAAGUUCCUGCUGUAGCCUCAGCAGCUCCACCUGCAGCAGCCCCACCUGCUCCUCCUGAGAUGGUGGAGGAGAACCUCAGGCAGAAGAUCAAAGAGGAGAUGCAGAUGAGUCUGGAGGAGGAGAUCUACCAGAGGAGGCAGGAGCUGCAGCGACAGCUGGAGGAGAUAAGGGCUCAGGCUCAUGCAGAGGCCCUGUCAGCCGCUCUGACUCAGGUGGAGAAGCAGGUGAUGAAUACGCUGCAGGCGGAGAAGGCGGCGUACGUGGAGACCCUGACGGAGGCCAUCGCGAAGGAGCGAAUAAAGACUGGCGAUGAGAGGCUGAUGGUGCAGCUUUAUCGGAUGGAGGUGAAGGCUCAUCAGCUGGAGGAGCGGGAGAAAGAGUUGAGGAAACGAGACGCUCUCUACAGGGAACACGUCACAAAACUUGAAAAAAAGUGCACUGAGUUUUAUAAAGUGACGGCUGAGAGCUUCCAGAAGGGCAAAGAAGACACUCACAACCGUUUUGCGCGUGUUGAUAUCCAGCCAGUGUGCAGUGACCUGCAGGGUCAGAUUCUGAAAUGCUACAGGGAGAACACUGGAAAGACUCUGUCCUGCUCCAGUAUCGCCUCGGCCUACAUGCAGUGUGUGGACAAUGCCAAGAAGAAUAAACUGAGCACAGGAGGGUAAUGUGACUUGAUGAAGACAUCUGACAGAUGUAAGAAAACAAAAGAAACUUGAUGAAGAUAAUUCAACAAAUGAACGAUUUACUGGAAGCACAGGAGUCACAGGAGAAUCAACUCCAGCCUUUACACUAGUCUGGAACAAGUGCCAGUCGUUUGAAGAUCAUCUGAAAGCCUGUUGUGCCACAGCAGUAGCAAAUAGAUCAAACCUGGUGCUGAAAAUAAGGCAAAUCACAACAAAGGAGCAAACGAUGAAAACUUUAGAAGGUAUUUGUAUAAGAUAUAAGGAGUGCUGUUGAUCAUCAUGUAUGUGUGCCUUGAAGUUAGGAAAGCUAUUAUCAGAUUGCAGAUGCAUGAAGGAAUUGUUCAAUGAGCCGAGUGUGAAGUGACACACACCUAUAAGUGUUUGAGGUUAUUGUACUGUACAUACAUUAUUUCACGGGUUAUUUCUGGUGCAUGCACAAAGAUAUUAAAGACAUCUCAAUAAACUUUGUUGUGGAAUCACAAAACGACUUCUGUUUUUGUUUUGCAGUU